GGGUGUCGAAUUGGAUCACUACGAAACGAACCCCACCGAAACGAAAUAAUGUCCGGCGGCAAGAAUUAAUGAAUGAAUGAUCAAUCUUGUUGUUGGUCUCUGUCUCCUCUCCAUCUCUCUUACAGAAGAAUAUACCUUUUUUGCUUCUUCCUUAAACACAAAAAAAAACCCAUUCUCUUUCUUCUCUUCUCUUCUCUGUUCUAAGUUUUGAUUUUUACAGCAUGAUUGAUCGAUCCGUAUCAUAAAGUUUCCAAAUUUGUGUUCAAGAUCGUGGAUUUCGUUGACUUGUCGAUCUGGGUUUGUCGAAAUGAAUGCCGUCGGUAGGAUCGGAAGCUACAUCUACCGCGGCGUAGGUACGGUUUCAGGUCCGUUUCAUCCAUUUGGUGGUGCGAUCGACAUUAUCGUCGUUGAACAACCUGAUGGGACGUUUAAAUCGUCUCCUUGGUAUGUCCGAUUCGGGAAAUUUCAAGGGGUUUUGAAGAAUAGGAGGAAUUUGAUCAAGAUCGAUGUCAAUGGUGUUGAUUCAGGUUUCAAUAUGUAUUUGGCUCAUACAGGUCAAGCUUAUUUCCUUAGAGAAGUUGAAGAUGUUGUUGGUGAAUCUGAGAGUGGUGAGGUUUAUACUUUGUCUUCUGGUGAUGAGGCUGAGACGUCCAAGAGUAGUGAUGAUGUUGUUGUUGAUAAGCUUAAGAUUCCUUUGAAGUCUAGGAGUUGUAACUAUGAUUCUGCUAGUCCUCGUAGUGGUAAUGCCAAGAUUGUUGGCAAGCCUGGGAUUUUGGGGUUUGUCUUUGGUGGCAGAUCUGUUAGUCAAGAUAGUGGUGUUACUUCCAUGGAGAGAGCUGAGAUCGCUGCUGAUCUGUUGGAGGUUAAGUGGUCUACUAAUAUCGAUACGCGUAAGUCUUUCAAAGGUAAAUCUUCUGAUUCUUUGGAUGCAAAAGACAAUGGUGAGACUAGUACUAGUGGCAAAUCUUGUGUUGUGGAUGGAAUAAAUGAGGGUAACUCGGAAAUUUUAGUUGAUAGCGGUUCGAUAUUGGAGACUCCUCUUGUUGCAUCUCCUACAUUGCGGUUUCUUGAUGAGAAAGAGCAGGAUUUUCGUGAAAGCACUAAUGUUGAAGAUUAUUGUGAAGAGACUGCAUCAAGUGCAGUUGUUGUUGAAAAUGGUUUAUGUGAAUCAUCGAGUAUGGUGUUCUCUAUUACUAGUGAAGGGAGUCGAAACGUAGAUAUCUUUGUCGAACCAAGAACCGAGACGCUUGCACAGGAUUCUGUUACUGGAUGCGAUCUGGAUUCUAAGCAAGAACUAUUAGGUGCUCCUGAAUCUGUGGAAAUUGUCACACUAGGUUCAGCUGACCAAGCGGAUUUGCAGAGCACUGGCACUUCUCAGGAAGGAAGCAGCACUGGCUCCCCCGUUCAAGAUGAAAAUAAAAGGACCGUGGAAGAUAUGCCUUUUUCUGUAGGAAAUUUGAAAAACUCUCAGUCAACAAGUGGAGAAAGCAUCCUGCAAACAGAGAGAGAGGAUGAACAGUUUUCCUUUAGCGAUCUUGACGAAUGUAAGCCUGGUGGGAGUAGUUCUGGAGGGUCAAGUUUGCCAGAUUCUAUUAAAGUUGAUGGGAAACAGAGUUAUGAUAAAAAUGAAACUAGUCCUGAAAACGGCGUGGAGAACUCAAAGGGCUUGUCAGAGCCGAUUAACAUAGAGAGAAAAAAGGAUAUCUCUACAGAUGAGAUGGAGCGGUUGGUAGGAUCAUUACCGAUUAUGCGGCUUGACAACAACGAUGAUAUGGGUGAUUGUGCUUCUCAGCCUGUGAGCCAGUCAUAUGACCCGUGUUUCAAAACAUCAAAGUUAGAUUUGGGAGAAAAUGAGUCGACCUCUGGGGGUUUAGAUGCAGAAAAAGUUGCUGAGGGUAGCCCAAACUUAAAGGCGUUUAAACAUGUUAUUGCUAAUCCCCAAGUAGUCGAGCUCUCUCUGUGCAAGCACUUAUUAAGUGAAGGAAUGGGAGCAGAAGCAGCUUCUCAGGCCUUCAAUUCCGAAAAACUGGAUAUAGAAAAGUUUGCUUCUUUGGGCCCAUCGGUUUUGGAGAAUGAUAAGCUUAUAGUGAAGAUUGGUGGCUGCUAUUUUCCAUGGGAUGCCGCAGCUCCUAUUAUCUUAGGAGUGGUUUCAUUUGGGACUGCACAAGUAUUUGAACCAAAGGGCAUGAUAGCUGUUGACCAGAAUGAGAAACCUGGUGAUGGCUUAGCUCAGGACAGUGGAAGCUGGAAGCUUUGGCCUUUCUCUCUCAGAAGAUCAAGAAACGAUACUGAGGCUUCUUCUUCCGGGGACGCAGCUGUAACUGAGGAGAAACAAGAGAAGUCGUCACCAAUACCAGUGAAAAAGACGGUUAGGGCACUAACUCCAACUUCUGAACAAUUGGCUUCGCUAGAUCUGAAAGAAGGAAUGAAUACCGUGACUUUUACGUUCUCCACCAAUAUUGUGGGUACCCAACAGGUAGACGCAAGGAUUUACUUAUGGAAAUGGAAUGCUCGCAUAGUUGUUUCAGAUGUAGAUGGUACUAUCACAAGAUCGGAUGUCUUAGGCCAGUUUAUGCCUUUGGUUGGUAUAGAUUGGUCACAAACAGGUGUUACACAUUUGUUUUCGGCUGUAAAGGAAAAUGGCUAUCAGUUGAUAUUUUUAAGUGCACGUGCGAUUUCACAAGCCUCAGUUACAAGACAAUUUCUAAUUAAUCUCAAGCAGGACGGAAAAGCAUUGCCGGAUGGGCCUGUUGUCAUCUCUCCUGACGGUCUCUUCCCUUCGUUGUUUCGGGAAGUGAUUAGAAGAGCACCUCAUGAAUUCAAGAUUGCUUGCUUAGAGGAAAUAAGGGGCUUGUUUCCUUCUGAACACAACCCAUUCUAUGCUGGUUUUGGAAACAGAGACACGGAUGAGAUUAGCUACCUUAAAGUUGGAAUCCCCCGUGGGAAGAUCUUCAUUAUUAACCCGAAGGGAGAAGUAGCUGUGAAUCGUAGGAUUGAUACAAGAUCAUACACGAAUCUUCAUGCUCUUGUCAACGGAAUGUUCCCAGCUACAACCUCUUCAGAACCGGAGGAUUUCAACACAUGGAACUUCUGGAAACUACCUCCUCCAAGUAUGUGAUGAUGAUGAUGAACUGUCUUGAAGAAAAUGCAGAUUAGUUGAUAGAGAUAACAACAAUUGGUGGUGUAGUGUUUUUAUUUUAUCUACAAAGUAAUUUUUGGUUCUUUGUUUUUUUUUUUCUGAUCACACUGCUUUCAUAUCACAGGUUACGAUGUAUGCGCAGUUAUAUUUGUAUAUAUAAAUAUAUAUAUUAAAAAUGUUGGAAAAUGUUGAAUUAAACAUUUUGAAA